AUGGCAACCAAGAAGCUCGCCGGAAAAGUUGCCAUUGUCACUGGCGGCGCUAGCGGCAUCGGUCUCGCUGCCGCACGGGCCUUCGUCGCCCACGGGGCCCGUGCAGUGGUGAUUGCCGAUGUCCGAGCCGACGAGGGCCGGGCCGCGGCCCUCUCUGUCGGUCCGGACGUAUGCAGUUUUUUUCAUUGCGACGUGGCCGACGAGGACCAAGUUCGAUCACUUGUGGACCAGACCGUUUCCGCCCACGGCGGCCUCGACGUGUUCUUCAUCAACGCUGGCAUCGUUAGCGACUCGGAGCAAACCGUGCUCGACCUCGACCUCGACAAGUAUGAGGCCGUCAUGCGGGUGAACGCGCGCGGCACGGCCGUGUGCCUGAAGCACGCGGCACGAAAGAUGGUGGAGCUCGGUGUCGUGGGUGGCGCGAUCGUGUGCAAUGCGAGCGUGAUGGGGGACCUGCCAACGGCACUGGCGGGGAGGAUGGGUUUGGGGACGGCAGAGGAGGUUGAGGCGGCGAUGGGGCCGUACACGAGCCUUAAAGGUGCGGAGCUGACGCCGGAGCACGUGGCAGAGGCGGUGGCUUUCCUGGCGUCUGGGGAGGCCGGGUUUGUGACGGGGCACAAUCUGGUGGUGGACGGCGGACUCACCGGCCUGCCCUCCGGCGAGUGA